CCUCAUCACCUCUCCUCAUUCCUUAUUUCAUUCCUUUAGAGAUGGAACUUUCCUUUGGCUUUCUGCUCUCUCUUUCAGCUACACUUGUCUCUAUCAUAUUCUUGUUACACAAGAAAAUCAAUAACAACAACAGAAACAAAAGGAAACUCCCACCAGGAAAUAUGGCUCUUCCUUGGAUAGGUGAGACACCUGCAUUCUAUAAGGCACAGGUUAAGAAUCGAUUAUUCGAGGAUUUCAUUCAACCUCGGAUUGCAAGACAUGGUAAUGUCUUCAAGACAAUGCUAAUGGGAUCACCAACGGUGGUGGUGAGUGGUGUUGCGGCUAAUCGGUUCUUCCUCUCCAAUGAAUUCAAGCUGGUGGUGAGUGCUUGGCCAUCUACAUCAGUACAGCUUAUGGGUAAGGAAUCCAUCAUGGAGACAAUAGGUGAGCGACAUCGUUGUGUUCGUGGUGUCAUCACUGAGGUCCUCAGCCCUUCUGGGCUUGAGCAUCUAGUCCCCAAGAUAUGCAAAACAGUGGAGGAACACCUCAAAACACAUUGGCAAGGACGUGACAGAAUAAUCCUUUUCCGUUCAGCAAAGAUGCUGACAUUCUCAAUUGUGAUGGAGUGCUUGCUUGGGAUUGAAGUGGAGCCAGGGAUGUUAGACAUGUUUGAGAGAGUGUUGGAAGGGGUGUUUAAACCACUUGUUGAGCUUCCGGGGACACCAUUUUGGAGAGCAAAGAGAGCAAGGUUGGGGAUUGUAGAGAUGUUGCUCAGUGUGGUAAGAAAAAAGAGGGAAGAGAUGGAAAGAGGAUUGGGAGAAAAGGAGGAAGGAUCAUUACUAACUCGGUUGGUCAAGGGGUUGAUACAAGGAGAGAUUAGCGAGGUCGAGGUCAUCGACAACAUGGUGUUGCUAGUCUUUGCCUCUCAUGACACAACUUCUUUUGCAAUUGCAAUGACAUGUAGGAUGUUGGCUCACCAUCCUAACUGCUAUGCUCUACUUCUCCAAGAACAUGUAAAAAUAAUGGAAAGUAAAAGACCAGGAGAAACCUUAACACUGGAAGACACAAAGAAGAUGAAUUAUACAUGGCAAGUAGCUCGUGAAAGUCUUCGAAUGUUUCCACCCAUCUUCGGCUCUUUCAGGAAAGCAAUUGUCGACAUUCAAUAUGAAGGAUUUACCAUCCCCAAAGGAUGGAAGGUGCUGUGGACAGCUUAUGGUACCCAUUAUGAUAAAGAUUACUUCCCAGAUCCUCUCAGUUUCAAUCCAAGCAGGUUUGAAGAGCCCAUUCCACCAUACGCUUUCAUUCCAUUCGGAGGGGGACCCAGGACAUGUGCAGGAUACCAACUGGCUAAGUUAAAUAUACUCCUCUUCUUGCAUUUCUUUGUAACCCGUUAUGAUUGGUCCUUAAUUCAUCCGGAUGAGACCAUCACCAUGGAUCCCCUCCCAUUCCCUCGCCAUGGUAUGCCAAUCAAAAUUUCACCUAAGUUUUAGAGAUCAAAUGUAUGCUGGACCCUUGUAGGCCAUAUACAAUGUAAAUUCAGCAGUAGUUGGUUUAGAAC